CUGCCAGACUGCUCACCCACUUUCUGAUGCGAUCACGACCCAGUCAGAAGCGUUUCAGCACCGCCGCGCCGUGGACAGCUCGCCCGCCUUACUUUUCCUCCUCCUUCACAUCUGAAGGAGAAAAGUGGAACUCAAAAGAAAAACAUUCAAUUUAAGUUUACUGCGAUUUUUACUUUAGGAGAUGGAUAUUGAUCGACCAGCAAAUGUCUCCUUUUUUGAUUUCGUUGGAGGAGUUCAACUUCUCCAGGGGGAGGACACCAGGACAGCCAUGCCUGUCGUCCUCAUCGGGAUCUGCGUGUCCGGAGCAGUUGGGAAUUUGCUCGUUUUGCUGAUUUUCAUCCGUGACUUUAGAAACGGACAGGGCUCUGAGGUGAAAGCGCUCCUCGCCUCUCUGGCCUCCACGGACUUGGUGAUCCUGCUGCUGUGCGCCCCCGUGCGCGCCGUCACCUAUUACAAGCAGACCUGGACACUGGGGAGUUUCGUCUGCAGCACCACGGACUGGUUCCAGCACUCGUGCGUGGUUGCAAAAACUUUAAUCCUUGCACUGACCACCAGAGCCAAACACACUUUGGUCCCCCGCCCCGCCAUGGGGCCCCUCCACCGCCCGACGUGGAUCCACGGAGCCCUGGCGUUCAUUUGCAUCGUGUCGAUGAUGUUUCCGAUCCCACAGAUGCUUUUCGCCUCUUUGGUGCCGCAUGGCCGCGACACCAUUUGCGUCUCCAAAAUGCCAGCGUGUGCAUCUGACUUCAUGAGUGUGUUUUACAAGAUUUAUCCCACUGUAACCUUUGUGGUGCCGGUCAUCUUCACACUUGCCUACUACACGAAAGCGCUGCACACCGCGGUGAACCACGCGCCCAGCCCGCAGCAUCAGAGCAAAGUUACCCUGGUUUUACUGUCUCUGAGCGGCGCUCUGGGGCUCAUGCUGCUGCCAGAGUGGGGGACAUUCACCUGGAUCAGGCUUGGGUACAACAAACCUCCAGUUGGUUUGAUCAUCUUUGCGCAAGUCCUCGUUUACGCAUGCAGCGCCCUCUCGCCAGUAAUCUUAAUGACCAUGUACGACGACGUGCGUCAAGGACUGAUCCACAUCUGGUUCCUCGCGACCUGCAGAGGCCCAAAGCAGAUCCGGAGCAACGCUUGUCCAAAAACAGAACGGAACGGAGCAGAAGUCGGAGCCAACGCCGUCGACAACGCGGUCUCAGAGGAGAGGGAGAAGACCUUCCCAGAUGUGGAGCACUUUUGGACAGGGCGCAGGAAUACGCACGUCGAGGAGGCGCAGGAUCCGGUUCCAUGGGAGAGAGAGGAGAAAAUGUUGUAGUGGAUCAAAUGUGAAGUGUUUUUUUAACGUGUUAUCUUGGUUUCUAGUGUGUUGAGCCGCAGUGCAGACCCUCGUUGAACGGCUGUUUGUUGUCGUGAGUUUCAUUAGAUGUAAAGUAAUGUUUUGAUGUUACACAUGUUUCUACUUUGAAUAUCUGUUAUUGCCUGCAGUUUCGCUGCACUGUCUAGUAAAUCCCUUUAUUAGAAGAGCUUUGUACAAUGUAAAUAAACAGGACAGCAUCAAGGAGUUUGUUGUGAUUGUGUAAGUAUCAUGGAUAUUAAAACAUUCUCAAAUA